UAGCUGGAGCACAGUUAGCUGCCAGCUCAGCAGUUGGGUUUGUUCUUAUGCUUGCUGAUGUUAAAUCAAAGUGAAUGAUUGGUACCUCGCGAAAGUCGUUGUCGGCAUAUAUAAUACUGUUAAAUAAAAAAUGUAUGCUGUAGUCAUUAAAGCUGCUAAACGUGGUGGUCGCUAGCUGUUAGGACGUUAGCAUUAUGGACUGCAGGUGAUGCUAGCCACUAACUGCUGCUGGUUCUAUAAUUUAAUUGCUUGUCCCGCAGCCCCGGGUGUAAUGUUAGUCGCAAACUGGGGCUGGUAGACGUGCCUUUGAACUCAUAUUGGUAAUAUUGUAUUACAUUAACGUCAGCGCUAGCUUUCAGAAGCGAACCCAAACAGUGAUGGAUGAGCAGACGGGCUCUCCUGCAGGCAACGCUGACAACAACAGCCAGAGAAAUGGAGACGAGAAACCUCGACGUGGCAGCUGGACCAAAGGGAGGAAGAGGAAGAAGCCAAUGAAGGACAGCAACGCGCCCAAAGCUCCCCUGACGGGCUACGUUCGCUUCAUGAAUGACAGGCGGGAGCAGCUGCGGGCGGAGCGUCCGGACGUGCCCUUCCCAGAGAUCACCAGGAUGCUGGGCAAUGAGUGGAGCAAGCUGCCCCCGGAGGAGAAGCAGCGAUAUUUGGACGAAGCGGAGCGAGAUAAGGAGCGCUACAUGCGAGAGCUGGAGAAGUACCAGAAGACCGAGGCCUACAAGCAUUUCACCAGGAAGGUCCAGGAGAAGCAGAAGGGCAAGAGGCACCGGGGAGAUGUUGGGCACCAAGUCGCCAGUGAGGCUCAUCACGAGAAAGACGCGGAAGGAAAGGACAGGACCGUGUUUGACAUCCCAAUCUUCACGGAAGAGUUUCUCAACCACAGCAAAGCGCGAGAGGCCGAGAUGCGGCAGCUGCGCAAGACCAACAUGGAGUACGAGGAGCGCAACGCGGCCCUGCAGAAGCAUGUGGAGAGCAUGCGCGGGGCGGUGGAGCGGCUGGAGGGCGACGUGAUGCAGGAGAGGGAGCGCAACGGGCUCCUGCACCAGCACCUGGAAACCCUGCGCCAAGCGCUCACCUCCAGCUUCUCAACGGUGCCUCUGCCAGGCAGCGGAGAAACCCCGACCCUCGACACCAUCGACUCUUACAUGAAGAAGCUCCACACCGUCAUCGUCGGCAGCCCCCAGGAGCACGAGAGUCUCAUCAACACAGUGAGAGACGUAGUCGGCCGCCUGGACAGAUAAUCGGACGGAGCUCAGCUGAUUUGAUGGACCGGGAUUCGUCUUCAAGACGUCUCAUCGACUUGUCGUCUCCCAGCCGAGUUACAAAAAAUGUCCAGACUCUGCUGUGAUCACGUUGGUGACUCUGUGGUAGCGUCUCGUAUUAAUUUAUUUUGUCCCCAACAGUUUACGCCUGAUUGGUAGGGCGGUAGUGAUCUUCUUGAACCGGACAUUUUCUGUUGUUUCCAUCCUCUCCAUCCCUGACUAGCAGCUGCCUCCUCACCAGACCCAUAACUAUCACACACGCUGAGUUUGUGUCGAGCCGUGACCGAGAAAUACCCCUGACACGUCUGUUACUCUCGUAUAAUCAGUCGAAGAAGAAGAAAAAAAAAACUCGUGCCAUUGUUUGUUUUUCCAAUUGUGAAAAGUGUUUGUAUUUUCAAUAAAAAUGUUUUCAAAA